AUGGAGAGCAGGUGGGACAAAGAUAACAAUUUCCCGUCCUUGGACUCGAGAUAUAUGGGUGAGCAGGCUGUGUUAUUGCCGUCUUAUAAUAACCAAAACGGAUCAAAUAGUCGACCAAGCUAUGGCAGCGGAAGACCAGGUGGCAAAUUUGGAGGAGGAAGCGGUAGUGGAGGACGGUUUGCUAGCAAAACUGGAGGAGGUGGUGGUGGUGGCAGAUUUGGUGGAAACUCUGGCAGAGGAGGCGGUGGUGGGAGUUUCAAGGACAAGCAGCCUGGCGGUGGACUGAGGAAGCCAGAAUGGGAUUUCAACAGCCUGUCUCCGUUUGCAAAGGACUUCUACAAUCCACACCCCAAUGUUGUCAACCGACCUUUCAAUGAAGUGCAGCAUUUUCUUACAAGCAAAGAGAUCACCAUUAAAGGAAGAGCUCCCAAGCCCAUUCAGUUCUUUGAAGAGGCCAACUUUCCAGAGUACAUAAUGGAAGAAGUCAGGAAGCAAGGGUUUGACUUCCCCACUGCAAUUCAAGCCCAAGGGUGGCCUAUUGCGAUGAGUGGAAUGAACAUGGUGGGUGUGGCAAAGACGGGAUCAGGGAAGACUUUGGCAUACGUGCUACCAGCCUGUGUACACAUCAACAAUCAAGAGCCAUUGAAGCGAGGGGAUGGUCCCAUAGCCUUGGUGUUGGCUCCAACGAGAGAGUUGGCUCAACAGAUUCAGACAGUGGCUCGGGACUUUGGCUCUUCGACAUUUGUCCGCAGCACUUGCAUCUUCGGAGGAGCCCCCAAGGGACCACAGGCUCGCGACCUGAUGCGUGGUGUGGAGAUUGUGAUUGCUACUCCUGGUCGGCUCAUAGACUUCCUAGAACAGGGCCAGACCAAUCUGAAGCGCUGUACCUACUUGGUGUUGGACGAGGCAGAUCGCAUGUUGGACAUGGGCUUUGAGCCACAGAUCCGGAAGAUCAUUGAACAGAUCAGGCCGGACAGACAGGUGCUGAUGUGGUCGGCGACUUGGCCCAAAGAAGUGCGGAAGUUGGCUGAGGAUUUUCUCCACGAUUAUAUCCAGAUAAACAUCGGCUCCCUGGAACUGUCAGCCAACCACAACAUUGUACAAAUUGUCAACAUUUGUCGAGAUACAGAAAAAGAUGAGAAGUUGAGUACACUGUUACAAGAGCUCAGUGAAGAAGAAGGAAAGACCAUUGUAUUUGCCGAGACCAAGAGGAAAGUAGACGCGAUCACCAGAACAAUCCAGCGAGGCGGGUGGCGUGCAAUGGGUAUUCAUGGAGACAAGAACCAAAAUGAAAGAGAUUAUGUGUUACGAGAGUUCCGUAAAUCAUCAGCGGGAAUUCUGGUGGCAACUGACGUUGCUGCCCGAGGUCUAGAUGUUGACGAUGUGAAGUACGUUAUCAACUAUGACUACCCCAACUCGUCAGAGGACUACAUCCACCGUAUCGGACGCACGGGGCGGUCCGACCAGACAGGCACGGCGUACACAUUCUUCACACCGAACAACUCCCGCCAAGCCAAGGACCUUGUCAACGUCUUGCAGGAGGCGAGACAGGAGGUGGACCCAGAACUCAACAAGAUGGCGAUGCGAGGUGGAGGUGGCGGAGGCAACUGGAGAGGUAACAACAAAUGGGGCUACCAGCGCAACAGAAACUUUGGAGGCUCUAACUCACACAAGAAGUUCAAUGAAUACUAACUGAAGACCAGUGGGAACCAAAGUCUCUACGCUCUCCAUCUCUCUUAUUGUGAUAACAUAAAGUAAUUCAUUGUCUUUUGUAUUGUGCUACAACCACGGAUGUAAUUUUAUUUAUUACUCGUCACAGACUAGUAAAGUUAGAUUUUUUUUCCCAUUCGGUCCUGUUACUUCAUCUCAACAACACUUGUUACUGAAUACCAUGUGUCGUUCAGUAAUGAUUGUUAUUGGUGUAAAUAUUUAACAUAGCAUUCAAGUUAAGUACCUGGCUACUUAAGCCCUUAUUGUGUGACUCGUAGGGCAAAUUUCCAGCUCACCCCCUCACCACUAAGUCUUGUUCAGUAUUAUGUGUAAAAUGAGUAUAUUUGCACUUCCCUGAGAUUUUUUUAUACACAGUGGUUUUAGCAUUUCGUAAUGUUAAAGAAGAUUCCUUUUAUAUUUUAAUGAUUGUUAUAAGUGUA